AUAACCACUCUUUUUCCUGUAUGCAAUUUCCAAAAGACAUGUCAUUGUAUCCCAAGUGCUAUGAAAAGAUGAUAUGGAUGUUUAGCGGAUGGAAAACACAUAAGUGUUACGCAGAAUACGGAAUUGACGGAUCCUUAUGUUCCUUCCGACGUUAUCUCUCAGUGGUUGAAAAUCAUUGCCCUCCUUUGCCUUCGGAAAGCGUCAGUUAUAAAUUAGUCGAAACUGAUACGAUUGCCAAGGUAAUGCUUCAUAUGGGGGUACUGGCGGAUCCGAAUAUUAAUUUUGGACAGAGAUCUAACAGUGGUGGACCACUGGGUGAAUUACUACAAUGGACAGAUCUUAUCGCUUGUCUAUUCCUGCAUGUGGAUCUGUUCCCUGUAGGUUCCCCUUGCCCAAAUAACCGUCAAGGCGUUGAUUUGAUCAUCACUGACAUUGUCGGAUUGCGCUCAUUUAACAGUCGAAAGGAUUUCAUAGUGCAGCACAAAUGUCGCAUACGUCUGCUUGAUAGCUUUGGGACACAUGUAGAAUUCAACUACAAGUCCUAUUUCAAUGCUCAUCAGAGCGAUUUGGGAAUGCAAGGUAAAUCUAGAAACCCAUGGGGAGGAAACGAACUUAAACUUCUACAGUAUUGGACAUUUUUUCCUCAUACUCCCGACAACGAUUUCCUUGGUUUUGCGAUUCAUAAGUCCAACACGAAGCCAAUGUUUGAACGAAAUUCGCGUGGUCGGCCUGUCUCGUUAAUUUAUGGAAAGGAGAAAUAUAUGUGGAGUGGUUCUGAAGCAGUCAUAGAUAUAUUGAAAAACCUUACUGAGGUCCACGCUACUGUCGCUGAUGCAAAAGAUUCAAGCGGCAUGUUUUCCAAUGUGACAAAUCACGGUUUUUUGAACGGGUCAGCUAUAGCUGCUUUGAUGAAAUCAUCCAACAUUUUUUUUGGUCUUGGAUUUCCUUUAGAAGGUCCUGCUCCGCUGGAGGCAAUAGCAUAUGGUGCAGUAUUCAUCAACCCAAAGUUCAAUCCACCUAAGUCGCGUCGGAACAUGAUGUUUCUUCAUGAGAAGCCAACACUUAGAGAGUUCACUAGUCAGUUGCCUUAUCUGGAACGCUUCGGUAAACCACACGUCUACACUGUUGACUUUAGUAACACGUCUGCACUAAAAAAUGCUAUAAUGCAGGCGAUAAAGGAAAAGCCUGAUCCGUUCGUACCUGAAGAAUAUACACCGGAAGGGAUCACGUUUGUUUCAAUGAUGGUCUUCUUUAGCAUCGCGGGUUGCUCACCUCUCCAGUUGGUUAAUUCUACAGAGCCGUAUGCACCCUUCAAAUGUUCACUGCAGUCGAAUCCAUUAAUGUUCAGUUGCGCUUCUCGUCCUCCUACUGGCAGGGGAGUUGUAAGAAUUUGUCCCUGUAGAGAUUAUUUACUUGAACAGGUAGCGUUUUGUAGAAAUUGUGUGUCUUAG